CUCUCGCAUAAAUACUCAACACAGCUGAGGUGAUGAUCAGACGCACCAAAUUAUAGAGCUGUGUUUUGUUCUCAGACUUUUUUCCCGCAGAGUUACUUUCGGUUUACGUGAACGUGCUGUGCUGUGCUGCCGUGGAGAGAGGAAAGAAAGAGAAAAAGUAGUCCCCGGCUGUCAUUAGAUAGAUUCCCCAAUCAGCAGAAUUGGCAGCAGGUGUGAAUUCAUGUCUGUUUUUUCCCCGCAUAUAUAUUGCCCAGUGUUUGUUCCCGGCCGAGAUAUGACUGAGGUGAUGAUCAACAGCACCCCCAUGGAGGACAUGAGGCUCAGCCCCAGCAAGGACAGACUCUCCUUUCAGAUCUUCCCGGACCCCUCAGACUUUGAGCGCUGCUGUAAACUCAAAGAUCGUCUGCCAUCCAUCGUGGUUGAGCCGACAGAGGGAGAAGUCGAGAGUGGGGAGCUUCGCUGGCCUCCAGAGGAGUUUCUGGUCAGUGAAGAAGAGGGGGAGGAGGAAGAGGAAGAAGAAGAGGAGCAGCAGAAUAAUGGCAACAUCCAAAACGGACAGCCAACACAGAAUUCUCAGCAGUAGAGGCUGUGUUGCAGCACCCAUACUGCCCCGUUUCCUCUUUCUUUCUGAUAGACUGUCUUUUCCUGGUUACACUGCACCUCAGCACUCCCAACAAGCUGGCAGACACGGAUUCAGUGUUGCGAUGCCAUCUCGUUGCCCUUGACACCAAAGCCAUCAAUCCCAAAAGAGAAGCAAUACACCCAGGUGACACUCUCACACAAUAACGUAUCCUCCUGGACUUCAAACCCGCAAAACCAGACUUGAAAAGGACUGACAUGCACAACCAAACCAUGCCCACCACCAUGUGUGUCUCAGCCCAGAACAGAUGUCCUGUUGGACAGCGGCAGCUCGGUGCUCCAUGGACAGCUCUUACACUGCAGGGGGCUGCAACUGCUCUGUACUUUACUCCGAAAUGGCUGGCGUCCUGACCCCAGAGAUUUCAUACUGGCAUACAGAUUUAUUGUGGUUCCCGUGGAGAUUAUCGUCUACAGUAACAAUGUCCAUACCUGUGUUUUCAGUUUCUGGAUGGAUGUUAGUUAUUGUGAUUGCCACUGCUGUCCAUAGAUUUGUUUCUGAGAAGUGUAUGUUUUGUGAUUUGUCUGUUUUUUGAGAAGUGGGCGUUUUGUGUAAAAUGUUACCGGAAUCCAACCCCCCCCCCCCCCCCCCCCCCCCCCCCGCAAAAGAAAAAGUCAGGCAUUAACAGUAAAAAGCCAACAUGAAAUCAUUUUUAGAGAAGUGGGCAGAAAGUGGAAGAAAAUAAAACCAGCAUGACCUGCUAUGCUUAUGCGACGCAUUCAUUGUACAAAAGCUUGUUGUGCAGUAAGGGCACAGUCACGCAAUGAUGCUCUCGUCAUCACAUUGGCCCCUUUGAGCCGUAUGACAAAGCAAAAUAUUACAUUAAGAACAAAAUCUGAGGCUAGCAGGUGUACUGUUCAAAAGGGUAAAGCUGUGUCAGGAGAGCGCAUUAUAUUUGAGAAAACAAUUGAUGAAGCAAUGUACAGACCAGAUGAAGGAUGUGUAAAUACUUGUACUAAGCCCAACCUGAGGCCUUGCAGUGCGCUGAUCUUGUUUUUACUAUGGGUUUGGCUUACCUUUUUAAGGAAGGCACAGACUGAGAAUCACUUUGAGCUGUACACACCUGAACGGAAAGUCUCUGCUAGUCUUCCUUUUCCUUUUUGACAUCAUGAAGUUCAGGUCAUGGAGACUUCACAAUGUAGGACAUAGUUCACAAAUAAGUAAGGUUAUAGCUGACAGUAUUAAACUCAUUAGUUCACAAUAAUUAAUCCUGAUGUUUGCCAUAAGCUGUUGAUGGGAAAUUGUAUAUGUUCUCUGGUAGUAAUGUGUUUUUUCUUUGUCAAUUUCAGAAGUUGGUGUUCUUUUGUUCACUCUUUAAAUCACCACUCAUUGUUUGUCAAAGAAGUCUUGUAAGUUGUAGAAAAUGUCACUUGUGUACACAAUAUGAAAUGCUGUUGUAGAAGCAUGAUUGAGAUAAGUCUGUUUUGUAAAUUCUCAUUGAGUGGCAUUAGGGCUGUGUACAGAACAUCUCUUUCUCCUGUCACCUACAGUUCCCACAUUGUUUUUGUAAAGCUCAGGGAGAUUAGCCGCCAUCUUUCUCUUGUUUUUUUGUAUUUAGACCACUUUUCUCUGUGAUGAUUACAGAGGCUGUAAAUAAACAUUUGAAUUUGCUAUCCAA